GAGGCUUUUGAAGAAAGACGAGGGUUUUGGUUUUUGGCCGCGUUUCGAGCCCUAGCUUCGUCUCCGCCUUUCCUCUCCCUACUAUGAAGCUCGUCAGGUUUUUGAUGAAGCUCAACAAUGAGACGGUCUCUAUUGAACUCAAAAAUGGUACUAUCGUCCAUGGAACCAUCACAGGAGUGGAUAUUAGCAUGAAUACACACCUGAAGACUGUGAAACUAUCAUUGAAAGGGAAAAACCCAGUGAGUCUUGACCAUCUAAGUGUGAGGGGCAAUAACAUUCGGUACUAUAUUCUUCCUGACAGUUUGAACCUUGAAACCUUACUGGUUGAGGAAACACCGAGGGUCAAACCCAAGAAGCCAACUGCAGGGAGACCUUUGGGACGUGGUCGGGGUCGUGGACGUGGCCGGGGCCGUGGUAGGGGGCGUUAAAGCCUUGCGGCUGUGUGUUCAAUUUUUUGCAGCAACUGGGAAUAGGCUUAAACUAUAUGAUUGAAGCUUUAGGGCCGUGGUAGGGGGUGUUAAAGCCUUGUGGCUGUGUAUUAUCCUUAAAGCGGCCUUGAUGAACUUCAUGUUGUUGGUGUUGCUUUUAUAAUUAGUACUUGUUAUUGUAUUUUGUUUUCUGGAUGAUAUGCUUUGUUCUGAUCAAUUAGUAAUCUUGGCUCGGCAGUGAAUAUUUAAUUUCCA